GGGCUCAUCUGCAGGAUGUUUUGGGUAUGAGGACAGAUAAAUAGUAAGGUAGUAUUAUGGCCUGGGCUCUUCCCUACCUUUUAGGAGGGCCAAGCUCAAGCUGUUUGCUACCCAACACCUUUUUUCUAUUAAAUAAAAAUCUGGCCCAUCUGGGUAGCAACAGCCUCCUGCUGCCAACAACCAAGGAUUUCACAUUUCUACGGGAUGGAAAGAGCCUUGGGAAGCCAGAGCCAGCUCCUCCCUGUUUUGCUUUGAAGACUGACACGCAAAGCAGGGAACACUUGAGCAGCCUGCAGUGGAACGCCGGAGCCACGGUGUGUGGCAGACGGAUGCAGGAGCAGAGAGCAGCCAGGGAGAGCAGAACUCGGAGGACGUGGUGGGGCAUGGCGGGGAAAAUUAAGUUCCUGGCUUGGCUAAUGGUAGCCAUCUGCCUCCUCCCUGGGUUGACUACAACCCAGCGUCACGAAGGGCAGCCCACGGACAGCACCAGCGUGGCAGGUGGCCUGCAGGAGCCAGAGGCCCCGGAAGUGAUGUUUGAGGUCUUUCCUCCAGCUUGGGACAUGGGGGUGGGGGUGCAGUGUCCAGAGGUCCCUAAACUCAGAGUUGGGAAGGGGGAUGUCUCAAGCUGGGCUUGCUGGGGGAGGGGGGCAACCCAGCAUGGGGCCUACUGCCUGCUUAUGCUCCCCUGGCCCACUCCAGCUCCCUACCCUGCCCCGGAGCUCAGCCCACUCCUUACACAGCUCCCCUUGCAGCUGCUCUGGGCCAGGCUGGAGCUGGAUGUCACGGGGCAGCUGCACAUCCAGGACGAGGAACUGGCGUCCACACGUCCAGGCCGCCGACUCGAGCUCCUCCUGCAGCACCACGUGCCCAGUGACUUGGAGGGUGCUGAGCAGCGGCUGCAGCAGUUCCAGGACCUGCGGAAGGGGCCUCCUCUUAGCCCCUGGGAUUUUGAACAUCUGCUCCUCACCGGCCUAUCCUGUGUCUACCGGCUCCACAAGGCUCUGGAGGCUGAGGAGAGGGGUCGCUGGGCCCAGGUCUUUGCCCUCCUGGCACAGGAAACACUCUGGGACCUGUGCAAAGGCUUCUGCCCCGAGGGCCAGCCUCCUUCUUUGGGGCCCUGGGCCUCAAUCCUUGACCCCUUCCCCUGACCCUCCCCUUUCACCUAUCAGCCCCCUAAUUCCCACCCCCAAGCCAGACUCAUCCUGGGCAGGGGCUUCCAUAGGGCACCUGGUUCUUCGCACCGUGUUCAGGUCCUUGGGCUUAGGGCUGCACCCUGGACCAUGCUUACCUCUCUCCCGUCUUCUUCCCUGGGCCCUGACAGGCAAAGAGGCCAGACUCUGGGUGCCAGGCAGCAGGUGCAAAACUAAAGGCAGGACUUGCAGACAGUGUGCGUGGUAUGUGUGAUAUGUGUGUGUGUGCAUGGUGUGUGUGUGUUCUGC